AUGAAGAUAGUAAAUUCGGUCGUUGUGGUCGGACUUUAUUAUGGAUUUCUGACCACAUUCUCCAUAGGGCCCUCUUAUCUCUUCCUUAUCCGAGCUCGGGUUAUGGAAGAAGGAACCGAGAAGGAGGUAUCAGCAACAACGGGUUUUAUUAUGGGACAGCUCAUGAUGUUCAUAUCGAUCUAUUAUGCUCCUUUCCAUAUAGCAUUGGGUAGACCUCAUACAAUAAAUGUCCUAGUUCUACCGUAUCUUUUGUUUCAUUUCUUCUGGAACAACCAAAAAAACGUUUUUGAUUAUGGAUCUACUACCAGAAACUCAAUACAUAAUCUCAGCAUUCAAUGUUUUUGUUGGUUGGUUAAUUGGUCACAUUUUAUUCAUGAAAUGGCUAUUAGAUCGAAUAAGUACCUUGUGUUAGAAUUGAGAAAUUAUAUGGCUCGAAUCUUUAGAAGAAUGCCGUCGCCUAUUGUUACUAAGAAACUAAAAGAAGAAAACGCCGAAACAGAAGAAAUGUGGGAAAGUGAGGGAGAAAUAGAUGUAGAAAUCGAGACAAUUUCUGAAACGAAGGGGACUAAACAGGAAGAAGGAUCCAUCGAAGAAGACCCUUCCCCUUCCCUUUGUUCGGAAGAAAAUUCGAAGUUAGAAAUACUUAAACUUAAAGAAGAUAAAGACCUACUCUGUUUGGAUCAACAAGAUGGAACAAUUUUAGAAGAAACGGCUGAGGAUCAUGAAAUUAGGUCAAGAAAGGUCAACCAUGUAGUCAUUUUUACAGAUACCGAACGUACAAAUAGUACAACGACUACUAAUAAUGAAGUAUAA